AUGUCCAACCGACCAAACGCACCGCCUGCCCAUUCCUUAGGCCAGAAGACAUUUGCUCUGGAUGGACGCGAGGUCGACCUCCUUCAUUACAUCCACAGCCGACCCGAUAUCAAGCAACUGCGAGGAAGCCCGCAAAAAGUCGUUUCAGCUAUUGAUGAAUAUCACACAAAGUUCAACCCUCUCAUCAAUGUUGGUUCUGUCAAAGGUGCAUUCGUGACCAAUCUUAUCGCCGAGCGCAAGCCGUCAGUGAUGAUCGAGCUGGGCGGUUAUGUGGGCUACUCGGCCAUUCUUUUCGGCGACGCGAUCAGAGCCAACGGAGGAAAGCGAUUUUUAAGUAUCGAGAAGAAUCCCGAAGCGGCGGCUGUUGCUAAUCAGCUCGUUGACCUUGCUGGAUUACGUGAUACUGUCCGCGUCCUUGUCGGUGCUAGCGACGAGGUAUUGCGGGAGCUUGUUGGUGAUCGCAAGGAAAUCGCCCAGGUGGAGAUGAUUUUCAUUGAUCAUUGGCAAAAACUGUAUCAACCAGACUUGUGGUUACUUGAGGAGUUGGACGUCCUUGUUCCCGGGAAAUCCGUGCUUCUUGCUGAUAAUGUGAUCAUGCCUGGCGCACCUGAGUAUUUGGAGUGGGUUCAGGCAACGACUAGGCAAAAAAGAGAGCUAGUCAAGAAGCUGGACGUUGGCUCGCUUACACCAAACCCUAACCUCGUGUAUGAGACCAGUGUGUCUGAGUUUGACACUGACUUCGGAAAGGAUGGUAUAGCUGUGACAAGAGUGGUGGGGAAAGAGAGUGUUUGA